UGAUCUUUAUCAUAGAUUUAGUGUUAGUUUUAAUUUUUACACUUUCUUUGAACAAAAUCGGUAUUUCUUUACGAAUCUACGCUCCAAUUGCUCUCCCCGACGUCGAUACAGCUGAACGACCAAAGUUGACGAUUUUUUAAUCAUCCAGUUCUCGAAUCUGGCUGCUGUUAAACCAUAACACAGAAACAAAACAAAAAACAAUAAUGUCUUCAAAGAAACAAAGUUUCAGUAGAAGAAUUAAUGGUAAGGGAAAAGGUAAAGAAUCAGAUCAACCAUUUUCCAAUGAUGAUUGUGGUAGCACCAAAGUCGAACUUGAUACUCCUAUAAAUUCACUUGCAUCAAAAAAAGAUGAACUUACACCAAAACCUACAUUUUGGUUCCUGGCCAGACUUUUUAUACUCCAGGCAAACAAAGAAGAUUUAAAGUGGUUAGAAAAAUUAAUAAAAGACCAUGAAAAUAAAGUUAAUCGUGAUACAUCACAAGUAACAAGCAAUGCACCUACAGAAAAUAAUAAAGAUGAAUUUAUGGCAAAAAAAAUGUUGAAAAUGAAGCUAAGAAUGGAUAGUAGAAAUACAAUGCCAGGUCUUUGUAACAAUAAGUAUGGAAUGGAAUAUAUAAUAGAAGAUUUCAAGGGAAAGAAACUAACAGUUUCAAGAGAAACACUGCAAUUAUAUUUGCCUAAUAGUUAUGAUAAUAAUUAUGUUGAACCAGAAAUAGUCGUCAACCCUUCAAAUGAAACUCAAGCUAAAAAAAUCAGUUAUGAGUUCAUUGCAAGAUUAAUUGAGUGGGAUGAAACUUUCAGUCAUUUAAGAGGAAUACACCCAAAACAAAUUAAUGAUUAUCUAAAUAAAUGCCGUGAAGAUGGUUGUCUUGAAAAAACUAUAGCUAAACUAGAAAAAAUGGAUAUAAAGAUUUUAAGCUCUAAACGGCGAGGCAAUUAUUCUCUUAAAAAGGAAAGGAAAACUGCAUCAAUGUAUAGAGAACUCGAGGAUAUCCGUUUAAUAUUAGAAAAAUUCAAUACUUUUGCUCUCGAAAAGCGGCAUCCAUACUUUAUGUUUCAUUAA